CCUAGGCGUCUGCUGCGUGCUGGGAACCCUCGCCUCGCUCCCUCUUUAGCCAAGGAGCUGCCUAUCCGCCGGUGUUUAGGAGAGGAAAGGAAAGGUCGAAGGAGAAAAAGGAGGCAGGGAAAAAGUCUCCGGGGCUGCGUGACUCGACUAAUUUUGUCUCCCACGGGCCCCUGUUGCGGCUUCGCUUGGCGUCACGGUCGGUGCGGUCGCGGAGCAUCUUGGGUAGGAGGGAGAUUCGGUCUCGCAGCUCCGAAAGAUGGCGGACGCUUUUGGGGAUGAGCUCUUCAGCGUGUUUGAGGACGACCCGACCACUGCGCCCGGAGCCAAAAAAGACAAGGAGAAGGGGAAAUGGAAGGGGCCGCCAGGGUCUGCGGAAAAGGCCGGAAAACGUUUUGAUGGUAAAUUACAAUCUGAGUCAACUAAUAUUGGAAAAAACAAGAGAGAUGCAGACUUCGAGGGCACAGAUGAACCCAUUUUUGGAAAGAAGCCCAGGGUAGAAGGGUCAAUAACUGAAGACUUAAGUUUGUCAGACUUGAUGCCCAGGGUCAAGGUACAAUCAGUUGAAACUGUUGAAGGGUGUACACAUGAGGUUGCACUUCCUGCAGAUGAAGAUUAUCUACCACUUAAACCUCGCGUUGGAAAAGCUGCAAAGGAAUACCCGUUCAUUCUUGAUGCUUUUCAAAGAGAAGCCAUUCAGUGUGUUGAUAAUAAUCAGUCUGUUCUAGUAUCUGCACAUACAUCAGCAGGAAAAACUGUAUGCGCUGAAUAUGCCAUUGCAUUGGCCUUAAGGGAAAAACAGCGUGUAAUAUUUACUAGCCCAAUUAAGGCCCUGAGUAACCAGAAAUACCGUGAAAUGUAUGAAGAAUUUCAAGAUGUUGGUCUGAUGACUGGAGAUGUUACUAUUAAUCCUACAGCAUCUUGUCUUGUUAUGACCACAGAGAUUUUGAGAAGUAUGCUGUACAGAGGUUCUGAAGUUAUGCGAGAAGUUGCUUGGGUCAUAUUUGAUGAAAUUCAUUACAUGAGAGAUUCAGAGCGUGGUGUUGUGUGGGAAGAAACUAUUAUUUUGCUUCCUGAUAAUGUUCACUAUGUCUUUCUUUCGGCUACUAUUCCAAAUGCCCGGCAGUUUGCUGAAUGGAUUUGCCACUUACACAAACAGCCUUGUCAUGUAAUUUACACAGAUUAUCGGCCUACUCCAUUACAGCACUACAUUUUUCCAGCAGGGGGAGAUGGUCUGCACCUUGUGGUUGAUGAAAAUGGUGACUUCAGAGAGGAUAAUUUUAAUACUGCGAUGCAGGUACUUCGAGAUGCUGGUGAUUUGGCAAAAGGAGAUCAGAAGGGGAGAAAAGGAGGAACAAAAGGACCAUCAAAUGUGUUCAAGAUUGUGAAGAUGAUUAUGGAAAGAAACUUUCAACCUGUAAUUAUUUUCAGUUUUAGUAAGAAAGAUUGUGAAGCCUACGCACUUCAAAUGACCAAAUUAGAUUUCAACACAGAUGAAGAAAAGAAGAUGGUUGAAGAAGUAUUCAGUAACGCAAUUGACUGCUUGUCAGAUGAAGAUAAAAAGCUCCCUCAGGUUGAACAUGUACUUCCUCUCUUGAAGAGGGGCAUUGGUAUUCACCAUGGUGGUUUACUUCCUAUUUUGAAAGAAACUAUAGAAAUUCUCUUUUCUGAAGGAUUGAUAAAGGCCUUAUUUGCCACUGAGACUUUUGCUAUGGGGAUUAACAUGCCAGCUAGAACUGUUUUAUUUACAAACGCCCGAAAAUUUGAUGGGAAGGAUUUCCGAUGGAUUUCCUCUGGUGAAUACAUUCAGAUGUCUGGUCGUGCUGGAAGGAGGGGAAUGGAUGACAGAGGAAUUGUAAUUCUUAUGGUAGAUGAAAAGAUGAGCCCAACAAUUGGAAAACAACUACUUAAGGGCUCAGCUGAUCCACUAAAUAGUGCUUUCCAUUUGACCUACAACAUGGUCUUGAACUUACUACGAGUAGAAGAAAUAAAUCCUGAGUACAUGUUGGAAAAAUCCUUCUACCAGUUUCAGCAUUAUAGAGCAAUUCCAGGAGUAGUAGAGAAGGUAAAGAACUCAGAAGAACAGUAUAAUAAAAUAGUAAUACCAAAUGAAGAAAGUGUAGUCAUCUAUUAUAAGAUUAGGCAGCAGCUUGCCAAAUUGGGUAAAGAAAUUGAAGAAUAUAUUCACAAACCAAAAUAUUGCUUACCAUUUCUACAACCAGGUCGUUUGGUAAAGGUAAAGAAUGAAGGAGACGAUUUUGGCUGGGGUGUAGUGGUGAAUUUCUCAAAAAAAUCAAAUGUUAAGCCUAAUUCUGGUGAACUGGAUCCUUUAUAUGUAGUGGAAGUACUUCUGCGCUGUAGCAAAGAGAGCUUGAAAAAUUCAGCUACUGAGGCUGCAAAACCAGCUAAAUCUGAUGAGAAAGGAGAGAUGCAGGUUGUUCCAGUUUUGGUGCAUCUCCUGUCCGCUAUCAGCAGUGUUAGGCUUUACAUUCCUAAAGACCUUCGACCACUGGACAAUAGACAGAGUGUUUUAAAAUCAAUACAGGAAGUUCAGAAACGUUUUCCUGAUGGUGUUCCCUUAUUAGAUCCUAUUGAUGACAUGGGCAUUCAAGAUCAAGGACUGAAAAAAGUCAUCCAGAAAGUAGAGGCUUUUGAGCAUCGAAUGUAUUCUCAUCCACUUCACAAUGAUCCAAAUCUGGAAACUGUGUAUACGCUUUGUGAAAAAAAAGCACAGAUUGCAAUAGACAUUAAAUCCGCAAAGCGAGAACUAAAGAAAGCAAGAACUGUCCUACAAAUGGAUGAGCUCAAAUGUCGCAAACGUGUUUUAAGGAGGUUGGGAUUUGCUACGUCUUCUGAUGUCAUAGAGAUGAAAGGACGAGUGGCUUGUGAAAUAAGCAGUGCUGAUGAGCUCCUUCUAACUGAGAUGAUGUUUAAUGGCCUUUUCAAUGACCUAUCAGCAGAACAGGCAACGGCACUACUAAGCUGCUUUGUGUUUCAAGAGAAUUCUAGUGAGAUGCCCAAAUUAACAGAGCAAUUAGCAGGACCACUUCGUCAAAUGCAGGAAUGUGCUAAAAGAAUUGCAAAAGUUUCAGCAGAAGCCAAAUUGGAAAUUGAUGAGGAGACUUACCUAAGCUCAUUUAAACCUCACUUAAUGGAUGUAGUAUAUACCUGGGCAACUGGAGCUACAUUUGCCCAUAUCUGCAAAAUGACAGAUGUCUUUGAAGGCAGCAUAAUUCGUUGUAUGAGGCGCCUGGAAGAACUACUUCGACAAAUGUGUCAAGCAGCAAAAGCCAUUGGAAACACUGAGCUGGAAAAUAAAUUUUCAGAAGGAAUCACCAAAAUCAAGAGAGAUAUUGUGUUUGCUGCCAGCCUCUACCUAUAAAGAGUCAGCUAAAGGAAUGUGGGAUUUUAAAUUGUUCACCACCUGUCUGAUGUAUUAUAUUUAAAUCAAGCAUCAUUCUAAGAAAGCAUAUUACAUACACAGCUGUACAUAAGCAUUACAUUUUUUUAAUAAAAAAAUGUACAGGUGGGGCAUUUGUUUUAGUGAAAGGCUUGAAAUUUUUUGUAAUGAACUUAGAGCUAUUAGAUAACCAUUGUGUUAAAUGUAACUAUAUACACACAGGUAAAGUGGGCAUCCAAGAGUUACAGUAGCAGCAGUCCCCUUAAAGGCUUGUAUACUGGGAAGAAGGACGCAUCCUCUUGCCUUCUGGUUGCAAUCAUUUUCCUUUAGAAAGCAGGCCAGCUUCAUCUGGGCACUCUGCCACCUUCAAGGUUGGUGAGUGUUCCGAUAGUGAUUCCCUGUCGUUGGUGUUUCAUGCAGAGUUGUAUGAGAGUCCUCUUCUUUUCUUUCUUUAAAAGGAGAAUUUCUCUCCUUGAAGAAAUCUGAUACAUAUACAGCCUGUAUAGAACAGGUAACAUUUAGAAUGGGGCAAAGUAUUUAAUGAUACAAUUUUAAGUAAGUUUAAACCGUAUACAAAGUUGCAAUAAGCAGUGUGCAAAAUAUAAACAAAAGGAUAUACUUUACAGGGUACAGGUUAAGGGUACGAAUAAAUUAGUGGCUAACAGGAAUUUUUGUUAAGGACAUUCUGAGAGUUGCUCUGUUAUGUACUGGGCAGAUGGCUUCACUCUGCCAGCCCUUAAUGAAAGUGUCAUUCCUCAUGUAAAUUAGUUUUGUUUUUUGUUUUUUUGUUUUUUUCCAAUUCAUACUAAAAACACUUUAUAGCCAGAGCUUUUUACAAUUAAAAAAAAAUUUAGUAAAUUUUUAAAUAACUUGCGAAGAGUAAGUAAUGUAGGUAUUAUUUGCUAUCUAUCCUAAAAUGACUUUUAAUAACGUUGGGGUCCUCACCCAGUAGCAAUUAUUGAGCCACAUUCUCUGCCUUAGCAUACUUUUCUCAUUGGGACAUUUUUUUCUACUUAUUUAUCCAAGUGUUUCUCAGUAUCAGGAUGUAGGCUGCUGCCCUGUAUACUUACAACUAAUACUGCAACCAGAGCUCCUUGAAUGAGUCCGGUCAACACAUCACUCCAGUGGUGUUUGUAAUCAGAAACUCGAGAAAGGCCCACAUAAAUGGACGCAGCAACAAGACCAAAUUGCAGUGUAGGGCGUAAGAGUCUUGCCCAGUCUCCCUUCAUCCUGGCUUGAAGAUAAAGCUAACAGAAAAGAUAAAAAUAAAGAAAAGAGCUUAACAUACCAACUGGAGACUAUGUUUUAUAUUAAUUAUCACCACAUUGUUAAAGGGUUGAUGUUUAAAAUGAUAGUCACAAAAUAUUAAUAUUCAUUAAAUAAUCUGUGAUUUACUAUAUAUAUGGAACAGGGCUUUAGGCAAGCAUUCUUGUACUCAUUAAUACCUAAAAAUUAAUCCCAAAACAAAACCAAAAGGAUAAAAAAUUUAAAAAAUAAAAACUAUUACCACCACUCUUCAAAUUAUGAACAAGGUAAGUGUUUCAGACCUUCUAGGAUUUCAGGGGGCAGCUCCUCACCUUGCAGUUUGAAUUAUAACUGUCAUUAGUGUAGAGUCUUGGGAUCAACUGCUAGCAUUCUGAGCACAGGUUACCCUUACCCUGGGCCAAGCUACUGUAUUUUCUAGCCAGCCAUCUAGGAACUAAAUUUGCUUAAUUCACCCAAACAAUUUACUUGAGAGCUCCUCUGGCCUCAAAUUAUUUAACAGAGCAACUGAGACUAAAUAAAUAAUCUGUAUUUAUAAGUAAAUACAAUAAUCUGCCUAAGUAAAUAAUACAGUUUGUAGUUUAGUCCUGAUCCAGUAAAGGAGUCUAUUCUUUCAAUAGCACCUGUACCCUUUAAGUUCUAUGACUUUUCUAAUCAGACCUGAGAAUCUUGCCUUUGCCAUUGUCAGCCUGCCUCUGAUUUUGGGUGCAUCCCUAAAGAUUGUAAUGUAGAAUGAAUUUGGAAUAGUUUCCUAUGAACUCCUUUCAGCCAAUAUGGUCUCAUUUUUGUAAAACAAAAAUUUUCCUAACUUCUAUCCAAUAAGAAUAUACUUCUUAAUAUUCAUUUUUUAAAACUCUGCUCAGUAAUUUAUAGCUCAUAUACUUAAACUGUUUUCUGAGGACUGCAUUUAAUUAUGUGGCUGUACCCAAUGAUGCUGCCUAUUUAAAAUAGAUACACAAAUCCAUUUCCAGUUCUUUGGGCACUGCUAUGUGUGUUCAGUUCUCAGCACCUGGCAAAGCCCCAGAGGUUGUCUAAUUUUAUCAAGUACUUUAUAGUAUAAACAUCUAACCCUAAAAGAGCGUACCAGUUGUUUAACUGAGUUGGACUCCUUAGCUGGCUGAAGUGCUACUGGCUUUCUGUAGAGCUCCUCUUCCCUUUUUUUGUUUGUUGUUGUUGAAGCUAUAAAAACGUAAGGAGUAAGAGGCUUGUCUCAAGAUUCUAGAGUUGGGAAGAUAGUUGGUUCUGGUUGGGGCAAAGUUGACAUGUGCCAACUGAAGCCCAGUUAGGUACCACAGCCGUGCCAGAUAAGAUUUCACCUCAUUAGUUCUAUUUUUAUUGGAAACUUUUUGUUCAUUUUAAGGAGGACAGUUCCUUGACUAGGGCUGAAGCCAAGUUUCAUAUAUAAAGUUUAACUGACCCUCUUCUUAAGCCACCUUUUCAGGUAAGGGUUAAAGGCAUGGGUUAUUUAGACUAUAAAAACAUAUACCUAAGAAUUACAAAUACUUACAUGAAUGCAGACAUCUUAGGGAGAACUGCACCCAUCCCUGCUAGCGACAUAGCAAUAAAAAAAACCAAAAAGCAAAAAAAAAAAAA